CUUUUUGUAAAAGUUAUCUGGUCAUUGUUUAUUCCCCAUUUCUUAGUCUACUACAUAAAUGUUGCUCAACAAAAAAAAGUCUACUACAUAAACAACUACACAUUCGUCUUUUGAUCUUUGUUUUCGCACCCCUGGAGAUUUUCUUGAUAAUAUAUUCUUCCUCAGUGUUGUUAAUUUCGAUUCUUCGUCUUCGCGCCAGAUACUGUUUGCUGCAUGAAGAUGCUCAAGGACCCUGAACACCAAGUUGCUGGUCACAUGGCUAAAGAUGGGAGGCUUGGUCCGCUAGUAGACGGAGAAGGCCGAUUCUUCAAGCCGUUUCAGAGUAAUGGUCGUGGGGAAGACGAGGCUAAGUUCUACGAGUCCUUCUCGUCCAACAAGAAUGUUCCGGAUCAUAUCCGUGGAUAUUUCCCUGUCUAUCACGGCACUCAAGUAGUCGAAACAUCUAAUGGAUCUGGCAAGCUUCCACACAUAAUUCUUGAUGAUGUUGUUUUUGGUUACACAAAUCCCUCCGGAAUGGAUGUUAAGAUUGGAUCUAGGACAUGGUACCCCGGUGUAUCCGAACAGUAUUUCAACCAAUGCCUAAAGAACGAUAGAGAGACCACAUCUGUUUCUUUGGGGUUUAGGCAUGCUGGUUUUAAGAUUUUUGACCACCAAGAAUCGAGGUUUUGGAUAGUCGAGUACAAGUUUGUUCAUAGGUACAAAGUCGAUGACGCUAGACUGGCUUUAAGGAAGUUUGUGUCAUCGAACUCGCUAGCUGACUUGAUACCAGACUGUGCAUUUGCGUCACAAGUUUAUGGCGGUUCUAGUGGUAUCUUAGCGCAGUUAUUAGAGCUUAAAGCUUGGUUUGAAACUCAAACGCUAUACCAUUUCAGUUCUUGCUCGGUUUAUAUGUUUUAUGAGAAUGAAUCGCUUUUGAUGAAAGGAGGAGAUGGUGCCCGGGCACAAGUAAAGCUGGUGGAUUUUACGCAUGUUCUUGAUGGCAAUGGUGUCAUUGACCAUAAUUUCUUAGGUGGGCUCUCCUCUUUCAUCAAAUUCAUCCAAGACAUACUUGAAAGCUAGGACAACAGCGACGAAACGAAUACUUCUCAUUCUGAAUAUGGGGAACUAGGGAUUAAUGUUUCGCUCUGACUCGUUUCAAGUUAUGUGUUUGGACAUAAACUUUUGUCCCCUUCAAUUGUAUAAUACUUUUGGUAUACCAACCGAACCAAACAAUUGUACUGUACUUCUCACUUGAGGAUUAACCAAAUGUCCAUGAAACUUAGCUAAACCUAUGCAGCUUA